GCGGUGUCCGGGCCGCGGUGCUCUGGCUGCUGCUCUCCCCGCUGGCCUGCUGCCUUACAUGGGCAAACUCCCUCAACUGCCUGAGAAGACGGCUGGAAUUUCAGAGCGUGACGUCACCGCCUACAACUCUCCCAGAAUUUGGAUGAAGAAGUUUCACUUUUUUUUGUCGGUGGGAUUCGAAACCUCCUCUGCUAACGUUUCCUAGAAAGCGAGAUUUCAACAUACAGUAAAGGGCAUUGCCUCACCAGUCUACCAGGUAUCCCAUACAUCCACAGAGGAGCAAAGCCAGACGUGAUCAUAUUUCGAUUAGAAGGUCGAGCAGGGGAAGAUAUCUGAGGACACGCUGUGGUAGCAACUUGUCAGUCAAAAGGUGUCUGAUCCUGUUGUCCCCACCACCACUUAGUGUUGAAAUUUGGAACCAUGUGGAGCCCAGCGAACAAUAACGACCAGACGGGACAAGUGGCUGCCAGGAUGGAGACUACUCCGUCUAGUGCGAGCAUCUCCAUCUCUCAGCAGCAGGCGCCCAAGAAAUUUGCCCCUGUUGUUGCACCCAAGCCCAAGUUCAACCCUUACAAACAGACGGGAGAUCCUACCCAUGCUGACACUGCAGACUACCCUCCCCCUCCACCACCUGUGGAAGAUUCAACCAGUUUCCCACCAUCCUCUGGUUCCUUCCCUCCUCCACCGAUGAACUCGUAUGAUUAUCAGAAAGGACCAGAGAAGACUCUGGAGGAGAGACGCUCCAGUCUAGAUGCUGAGAUCGACUCGCUCACCAGUAUCCUGGCAGACCUGGAGAGCAGCUCGCCCUACAAGCCACGCAGCACACAAAACUCUGGAUCCUCGGCAGCCUCCACCCCCAGUGCUCCAGUGACUGGUUACAAGCGUAUGGUCAUUCCAACCCAGCCACCUCUGACUGCUACCAAGAGGUCUACGCCCAAACCUCAGGCUCCUGGGGGAGUCUCAUCUAUCCCUCCUUCCUCUGUCAGCCCCGCAGCCAAGCCUCAAAGCCACACAGCUCCUCAGCCUGUCCCAGCUUCCUACGCCACAGCCUCAACCCCAAGCCAGCCCACCUUCAAUGUCCAGGUGAGGUCGGCCCAGCCUGGCCCCCAGCAUCAAGUCCCAGGUGGUCCCCAUUUUGGCCAGCAGCCCAUUCGCAGCCCCGCACAGGUGCAGUAUAUGCCUGCCCAGCCCAAAGGUCCUGACUUUGCAUAUGGACCACCACAGCCGGGCUUCUCCCCGAUGUCUCACGGUGCGUACCAAGAACAGCAACAUCCAGGAGUACCCCAAAACCUAAUCUCCAGGAGACCUGAGCCAAAUCCUGCCCAGGCAUACCAACCUCCAGGCCCAAAGAAGACCUACAUCACAGAUGUACCACCAAGCUUGUCUCCCUACACCUCUGGACCAGCUGUUCCACCAAAGGGGAGUGCUCCCAUCGCCCACCCUGAAGACGAGCUGGAGCGCCUGACCAAGAAGAUGCUGUUUGACAUGGACAACCCACCAUCUGAGGAAUAUUUUGGGCGCUGUGCCAGCUGUGGAGAGAACGUAGUGGGUGAAGGCACAGGCUGCACUGCCAUGGACCAGGUCUUCCAUGUCGACUGCUUCGUCUGCAUGACCUGCAGCACCAAGCUGCGCGGCAAGCCUUUCUUCGCUGUGGAGAAGAAGGCAUACUGUGAGCCUUGCUAUAUUAACACCCUUGAGACCUGCACCAUCUGCAGUCAGCCCAUCAUGGAGCGCAUCCUGCGGGCUACAGGGAAAGCCUACCACCCUCACUGCUUCACCUGCGUGGUGUGCCACCGCAGCCUGGACGGCAUCCCUUUCACCGUGGACGCUUCCAACCACAUCCACUGCAUCGAGGACUUCCACAAGAAGUUUGCUCCACGCUGCUGUGUGUGCUCUGAGCCUAUAAUGCCGGCACCGGGCCAGGAGGAGACCGUCCGUAUUGUGGCCCUGGACCGUGACUUCCACGUGCAGUGUUACCGCUGUGAGGACUGUGGCUCUCUGCUCUCAGAGGGGGAUAACCAGGGCUGCUACCCUCUGGACGGACACGUCCUCUGCAAAAACUGUAACACCAGCCGCAUCCAGGCCCUUACCGCCAAGGCCACCACUGACCUCUGAGCGACCCGCCGCCCGGUCACCUCCACUGUGAUAACACAACGCUCGCUCACUCUCCCUCUCCCUCUCUGUCUUUCUGUCUUCUCUUCUCUCUUUCUUUUCUCUUUCUCUCGCAAACAUACAGAGCCACACAAGCUUGCAUUCCUCAGCAUAUUCAUAUAUAUCCCUCUAUAUAUAUAUAUAUUCACUUUCAGUAGCAAGAAAUAGCAUCACGUGUUCACCUGCGUACACACAUGUAUCUAUUGACUCGGUACAAUCACAGCAGAAGAGGCUGUGUGGUUAUUUUUUUUAACUGUGUUGUUCUUAAAGCAACGGUUUAAGAUUUUUGGGAAAUACACUUACACACUUUCUUGUUGAGUAACAUCUGACAACUGGUGUUUUAUUUAAAGUCUAUACGCUGAGUGUUAUCUUAGCAGAGCAUAAUAAUCAGAAACAGUCCACGAUUUAAAGGUGCAGUAUGUAACAAUUAGCCGCCUGUUGAAAUGAACAAAAAGAGGGCAGCGUAACACCAGAGUACUGCUGACUGCUGCUCACUGCAGCUGCUGUUAGCUCGUUAGCUUAGUUAGCCAAGCAGCUAGUGGUCCUCUCAGUUGACUCGCGUCUGCCCGGACUGAGAGCUCUGGGAAUACUGGAGCUGAAAUCGCUAGCAAAGGAGACUUGGGUGCUGGUGCUAGCUUCAGUAGGUGUCUCAUCCCAGAACACAGACACCUUUUAAUUUUUAAUGUUGAAAAGGAAAAUUCCUACAUACUGCACCUUUAAAAAAAAUAAAUAGAUCAAAAUAAAAAUAAAAACUGUUAGCACUCCAUAAAGCCACAACGUAUACAUUUGUACAGAUCAAAGAACAAAAAAACACAGCACAGCAUGUUUCUUGGUAAGUUUUAGAGAUGCUGCAGCAGUUUAGUGGAUUGAAGCCAGUCUCGCUGUUUCCAGUCUUCAUGCUAAGCUAAGCUAAAAAUGCGGCCUUCUAUUGACUGUGCAGGUGUCAAAAUAGCACCUAUAGUCCAGUGUUACUCUUAACAAGAAAGUAAACACACCAAUAAUCCUAAAAUGUCAACAUGUUGCUUACAAUCUCUCCAAAUCCACCAGUUAACACUCGCAAUAUACAUCAUCACUCAGUGUUAUAAUCUCAUAUUUUCAUCAUGUUAGACGGGCGUGUCCUAGUCAGGAUGCACAUCGCCCAAAUAUUUCUGUCUAACUGGUUCUUGUGAUCUAAGAUGGAGUCCGACUCCAGCAAAACAUGCAAAGUGACACAUCUGCCCUGCAGGUGAAACCAUCAUGGGUGGUUGUGUGUCUGACUCUAGCUUCAGCAGUAUUUACAGUAGAUUAACCACGAGCGUACAGUGUGUCGGUCAGAGCGUUUUUAGUCUUUAGUGUUUAUUACAGUGCAAAUCCACACAUGGUACACAAAUAGGGAAACAAUUACACACUGAGGGUCUUUAUUGCAGAACAGUUCUGCCCAACUGUACACCAAAGAAUUGAAUUGAAUAUUGCCAUAUUUACUCUGUACUUGUUGUGUUUACAACUAUAUAAAACAUAACAUCGUAUAGAUCAGGACCGCAGGAAUCACAAAGUCACAUAGUCGCUCUCAGUGACAAAGACACAAUCCUCAGUAGGCAGCUUUCCAAUGCAAUUCCUAUUGAACACAUAUUUUUCUUUUUCUUUUCCAAAUCGAAAUUGCUUUUAUUUACACAAAAGAUCAUUUCGUUUGCCUGAACAGUGCAAUCAUGGCAUUCCAUUUAUAAAGAUACAGCCGUAUAUUGGAGUUUAAUUAUAUAGUUUUUGAGCAGAUAAAUAUGUAACUUUUUUUUUUUCUCUCAUUUACAGUGACAUAGAUUAGAUUAGUGGUUGUAGUGUACGCAAUCUGCUAAAGAUAACAGAUUUGAGAUGGCUAUGCAAUUUUUAAUGUUAAUUGCAUCGACACUUUAUAAGAAAUUUUUAUGAAAUAAGGAAAUAUUUUACCUGUACAGAUUCAAGCAUAAGUGUCCUUAUGGUGAUCCUCUAAUCAAAACUAUGCUGUUGGUACCGUGUGACUGUGUGUGUGUCACUGUGCUGUUUGUCAGUAUUGAUUGUACCAUUGACGCUUUUCUUUUAUUAUUGUUUGUUUAAAGAUGAUGGGCUAAGAAGGGACCGUGAGAGUUUUCCCCAAAAGGAAUGAUUUUUAUUACUUGUUCCAUCCAAGAGUCACUGACCAGUAGAUUUAAUGGUUUCUUUGACAUAGUUAGUAGAGCAACACAAGGUUGUUUAGCUUGAGGUACCCUGUGGAGUUUUUGAUCACUGGUUGCACUGUGGAGCGAUGUUUAUGAGCAGGUCCACAGUUCGUUUGAGUUUUGCACACACACACACACAAACACACACACACUACUGUAUAUGCAGAGUCAGGGCCAAAGUAGAUAGUAUUAGGACCUUUUUAUGACGUGACUGUGAGCAUAUCGUGUUGAUAUGUCAAUGGAUCGACUACAAAGAGACAGACGACCACGAGGAGACACUAAAAAACUACAAAAAGAUGCAAAACAACCUUUUGUGUGUCUCUCAGUCUGGGGGUCUUGCUCCAACAUACGUGGUUGGGGGGCCUCUUACAUGUUUACACUCAAGACCCGUUGUCUCACAUUUACGCCGUUGACUUGAUCCACAUUUUCCGCAGCUGGUUUUCUGCCGACCAACAGUUGGUGGCAGUAACACGCAAACAAGUGCAGCAGUGUAGGAAGAACAAACACUACGAGCUAGCACAUAUGGGUGUAAACAGUAAAACGUUUUUUAGUACACAAACCAUCAAUUUUGCAAAUUGAUUUCCUACCAGAAAACUUCACAGGGUACCUUUUUAAAGUAAAGGAUUAGUUUGACUAUUUAUUAGCUGGAUUGGUUUACAGUCGUCCACAGAUAAGAGUAUUCCCCGAGCAUGUGGAUGGAUAUAUAAUGAACAAAGAGAGAAGCCUCUUUACUUCUCUGUGCUGUGCUGAAGUGGUGUUUAGUGCCAUAUUGAUAUUAGAAAACAAAAACCUCUCUAUAUUCAGUAUCUAAUGUAAUCAGUACGCUUGGUUACAUCAGAGUCGUCGUGAUCAAGCUGACCGUGGCAUUGUUUUAACCCGGGGGACACUUUGUGAAUAUCUGUGCUAAUAAGCCUAUUAAUGAUCAAUGAAUAGUAAUUUCAUGUCAGAUCUGUGCUAGGAGACAGUUAUAUAUAAUAAGAAAUGCAUGCAGCGUAUCACACCAGCUACAUUUGGUCCAUUCAUAGCUUUGAUCAUGUGACUCGGUCAGCUAUCUGAUUAACGCUGGUUGUCAGGCAACGGAGGACGAUAAAAAAUACACAGCAUAUAUCAUUAUGCCACAAGUGUUGCUAGGUUUCAGCUCACAUGGAUGUUGCUAAGUUAGUAGUUUAAUUUAAGUAAACGUCUCCUGGCGGCUGCCUCUUAAAGGUCAGUACGAUGUCUCUGACCUGCCGCGAUGGUGAGACAGCUGAAUCUCACAUCUGGUGACGAGAACAGAAAUGAGGAUUUUUCAAAGACAAACCAGACAGAGACAAAAAAAAAAAAAAAAAACAACACACAGUAGCAGAUGAUUUUAAGGAACAGUAUCAGAACAAAAGUAGUACAGUGAUGCUCAUUUAAAAUUCUAAUUCAGGAACUUUUCAUAGCCAACUGUCUCUAAAAACAAGGCAGCGUCUAAGCAGCUCAAAAAGUUAGUGAGUGGACCUUUGUGCUUUGGUUUUCUUCAAUAGUUUUCAAGUUUUUUCUGAAGCCAGAACGGUAUACAUUAUUCAGCUCUGCCUCCGGUUCUAACUCUACAGGAAAACAUGUCAUUGCAAUAUUGUAGCAACAUGAAGUCGGACCAUUCGCUGUGCUUUCAGGCAUUCACAUGACCACAGUUGAAUCAUUCGUCUUGUUGUGUUUAAUUAGUGACAGUGUGAGGAAGCACACAGUAAUUAGGAGCUACAAACAUCAACAUCUGUGUUUAAAAAAAAAAAAACACAGUUCACAGUAAAAUUGCAGAAAGUUUGAUUUUGUCAGUAGUAACUGCUGUCAAAUCAGAAACCAGUGUAACCAGUGUUAGAACUGUGGUUGAAAACACAUGUUGGAGAAGAAGCACCAGUGUUAAAAUCAUAUGCAGUUGAUUCAAAAACAAACUAUUCUGUGUUAUAACUUUAACCAUUUUUAAAGGUGCAAUAUGCUAGAAUUUAUUUUUAUUUUUUGUACAUUCAGAAAAAAAGAGGUCUAUGUACUGUACCGAGGGUAUCAAGCUUGCUGAAGUUAGCAUGCUAACUAGCUAGCCUCAAGUCUGAAAGCCUUUUUCUGCAAAGCUCCUGCACAUUUAACAAUACACAAGAUGUGAUGUGAUUUAAAGCUGCAGUCAAUAAUAUCUUCAUAACAAUGUAACUAGAGUUACUCAUGGUGACAACCCCACAGAGAAUCCCUCACUUCACUCUGCAGCUCUACGGAGCAUUUCUAACAUCCUUAAGUUUUCAGUUUUGGUUUUACAAUCCACAGGUUUACAGCUGUGAUUCAGUCUCACUGCCCACGUCAACUUUGUGUCUAACAUUAAUAACGAGCAGCUGUCUAUUUCCAAAUAUUUCACUCAGGGGGUGUUUGAGACCAAAAACAGAGCCAGUUGUAUGAGAUAUAUAAUGUUGGACUAAUGUUUGUUUUGUCAGAAUACAAAAUACUCAGAAUACACUUCCCAUAUCAAUAAGGUGAUACUGUGCUUUGUUGUGCUGCUCACAAGUGACUAAAAACAUAAUUCAUGCAGUUAUAAAGGUAAAUGUAGAAGAAUUAGCCAUCAAAUUCAUACGCAACACAAACAGGGAGCGGCAUCAUAUCACCAGAGUGACCACCAGCUGCUGCUGCUAACUGAAGCUGCUGUUAGCUAAUUAGCUCAAUUAGCAGUGCAGCUAGCAGUCCAUAGCUCAGGGACCAGGAGAGUAUUGGUGUAGCUGGAACAGGCGCUUUGGACCGGGAUGUGAUUGGGCUGCCUGGUUAGCAUGCUAACUUUAGUAGCUCUCUCUCUUACACACAACAUGUACAGUAUAUAUCACAACAUCAACAUUUCUUACUUCUGCACAUUCCGAGAUUUCAUGUUUUCAAUUAUGUUCUUUGCAUGUUGCGCCUUUUUUAAAGCAGAUUACUUUAUACAGAAAAUAAAACAGCAAUUUUAAAUGGUAUUCUGCAAACUGCUCAGUAAAAAGUAAAACAUUCCACUAGUUUAUUUUUUUUAUAUUUUUACAAAUUUUAAAUGAAAUAUUUCCAAAAUGUCAUCGUUGGCUUAUUAGCACAUGUUUUUAACAAAGCGUUCCCUGGUCAAACCUCUGCUCUGUGUUGUCAAUGUGCUUUUAAAACCGUAUUAAACUCUCUCGUAUAUCUGGACGGACGGUCUGUCUACACAUCACACAUCUUUGUGGGAGCACAUCUGACAUGAAGCUUCUCCAAAAGAUUCAUGCUACCAUUGAGUAUAAAGAAAAAGACCCUUUAAUGAUUUUUUUAUUUGUUCAGUGUAUUUGUUGUGUCUACUGUCUUUGUUCUACCCGUGUUUGUUAAAAGUGCCCUUGACUCAGUGGUAUUGACUCACUACACUGUUGCUUUGUGUUUCAUGGUGCGCCGCGCCGUUCUCAAAGACUUAGCCGUGUUUACUUAGCGAAGUAAAUAAAGAAGAUCCCCUUUGUUUGGGCUCCGCUCUCAAUCCAUACAGUAGAUGUUUCCAUCAGGCGCGGUGCUCAACGCUGCGGCAGCCGAGUCUUAAAUGGUGUUGAGCGUGAAACUCGCCUUAAAGAGCUUGACCUUCUGUUGUUAAAUAAAGCAUCUGAUAUGUUCUUGAUCUUUGAAAGGGCAUGUAGUCAACUGUUGUUGUUUUUCUCUCUUCAAUAAAAGCUUUGCAAUAGCA